CUGUACUGUACCAGUAGGCGGGCGUGUACACACCAGUGCUGCAGUCAGGGCAUGAAUUUUAUAUAGGAAAUGGCUGUUGAGGCAACGCAGCAACGUCAGCUGUGAAGCACUUAGGUUGAGCGCGCCUCCCUCUCUCUCCCCCCUGUAACCACGGGCUGAGGGGAGGAGGGUUCCGCCUUUUCUGUGCAAUGGGGGAGAAGGAGCGCUGGCAGCACAACCAUGUCUGCCUCCGACUCGAGCGCUACCGGACUCAUCUGUAACAAGGGUUCAGCCGAUUCCUACACUAGUCGACCCUCGGAUUCCGACCUGUCCCUGGAGGAGGACCAGGAGGCGUCUCGGCGUGAAGCCGAGCGCCAGGCUCAACUGCAGCUGGAGAGAGCCAAGUCCAAACCAGUAGCAUUUGCAGUGAAAACCAAUGUGAGUUACUGUGGGGCCCUGGAUGAAGAUUGUCCGGUCCAAGGUGCUGCUAUUAACUUUGAAACCAAAGACUUCCUGCACAUAAAAGAGAAAUACAACAAUGACUGGUGGAUCGGUCGGCUGGUGAAGGAAGGGGCAGACAUCACUUUCAUCCCGAGUCCUGUCAAACUUGAAGCCAUGAGGAUAAAACAGGAGCAGAAGGCAGCAGCGAGGAAAGGAGGGAACGCUUCGUCUGGAGGCUGGAGGUCCACCCCGCCAUCUGCAGCCAAACAGAAGCAGAAGCAGACUGAACUCGUUCCUCCGUAUGAUGUGGUUCCUUCUAUGCGGCCGGUGGUUCUGGUCGGUCCGUCACUGAAAGGAUACGAGGUAACAGACAUGAUGCAGAAAGCCUUGUUUGACUUCCUGAAGCACAGGUUCGAUGGCAGGAUCUCUAUCACGCGGGUGACUGCUGAUCUGUCGCUGGCGAAGCGCUCGGUGCUCAACAAGAAGGCCAUCAUGGAGAGAUCCAACACGCGCUCCAGUCUGGCGGAGGUGCAGAGUGAGAUCGAGAGGAUCUUCGAGCUGGCCAAGUCUCUCCAGCUGGUGGUUCUGGACGCAGACACCAUCAAUCACCCAGCGCAGCUCCUCAAGACGUCUCUGGCUCCCAUCAUCGUCUACGUCAAAGUCUCCUCGCCCAAAGUCCUGCAGCGGCUGAUCAAAUCUCGAGGGAAGUCACAAAGCAAACACCUCAACGUCCAGAUGAUGGCGGGGGACAAACUGGCACAGUGUCCACCUGAGAUGUUUGAUGUGAUCCUGGAUGAGAACCAGCUGGAGGAUGCAUGUGAGCAUCUAGCAGAGUAUCUGGACAUUUACUGGCGUGCGACUCAUCUCCCCUGUUCUGCCCCCGUUAACCCUUUACUGGACCAAAGCGUGAUCACCCCUCCCUCGGCUAACUCCAGCCAACAGUUUUCUGAGACUCAAGAGUUGAUAGAAUGAUCACUACCACGGAUAAAGAAAGCCUGUGCUGUCGGCUGGAGUCAGACUAGAGGGUCACAGAGCACAGCAGGGACCAGGGACCAGGGCGCCACCAGGGGGCAGCAGCUCUCUCCAGCCACCAGCUCCUCCGGCCACAAAGAAGAGAAGAGUGAUAAAAACCAAUGGCCCCAAUAGGUUUUUCAGAGAUUUUUUCAAUGAUAAAUGAGAAAGGUUGACUAAGUCAGGAGGAAGUGAGUUCCAUAUCCUGGAUCCUCUAUAUCAUGAGUUGUGUGUGGAAGGUCCCUUUAAUUUUUCUUUUUUUAAAUAAUUUUGUGUCUUUUUUCUGGUAAUUUUGUGUCUUCUUUGGUCAUUUUCUGUCUUUUUUAAUAAUUUUGUGCCUUUUUAAAAUAAU